ACUACAAUGGGUUAAAUCCCCCCCAUGUGCCUGGAAGCCGUGCCCCCGUGUCCACAAAAAGCUGACUUUGUUUCAGACAGAAACGCUUUGUCUAAGAGAGAGUGUGUAUUCGUGCCAGCCAGUGUGAAGAUACAAGGUCAAUGACCCACCCCCCAUCUACCAUCUAUCUCAAAAUCAGAAUCAGCACAGACAAAAGAAAAAAUAUCACCUCUUACAAAGCUUUAAAUUAUUUUUAAUAGAUGCUGGCUGGAUGCCCCCAAAACCUAAUCUGGUGCAUGAUAUAGCAGUUCUGUUUUAACUUCCCACCCAUCACAAUGAAGAUGACGUUAUAUUUAUGUGUGGAUUUCACAAUGGAUUUAUUAUAACAAGCUCUCAGGGCCUGUUCGCCAAGCGUGUGACCCAGGCUAAGGACAGCCAUCCGAAUCAGACUCCCUUGCCAGGCUCUGUCACCUUUUUUAACAUAAUGGAAUAAAAGAAUUGUACUAUACUCAGAUGUUGCUGGAGAGGUAAGGCACAGUGUGGACAUGUUGCUGUGACAGAAGAUCGGGAAACGGUAGGGAUCUGCUUUCAGCUGAACACGAAGUGGAAGAAGCAACCAAAGACCAAAAAAGACUUAAAGGUUGCAGUGCCACCUCAUAUUACCCCACCUCAACACCGAGCUAUUGUUCUAUCCAGUCGGUGCUGGUCUGUACAUGCAGCAUGUGAAUGCCUGAAAGCCUACACAGGUCAGGACACUGUCAACAGCCGUGAGAUGGCUUUUGUCUAACACAAAUACAGCUUCUCCUGCAUCUUUGGCACCUUCUAGAAAAGAAAACUGCUCUCCGCCUACCCCGUAGGAUUUUCUCAGAUGAAUGGGUUCUUGACCUGAUAUUUGAAGGGCUGGAGUAUUAAUUUCUACACUGCAAGAACAAGAAUAAUUUCCUGAAGUCAUUGGAUUAUUGUUGCUGUGUGAAAGUAACAGAGAUGGGGAGGAGAAAACCCUGAUUUGGCACAAGUGAGGAGUAGAGAAAUAGGUGACCACAAUCAAUUCUGGACUAAAUGAAAUAUAAAGAUGGGGACACUGGUCAAACCAGCGCUGCUGCUACUUUUAUGGCAGAGUGUUGGGGCUUUGAACGUCCCUCUCGAAGUCAGACAACCCCCUACUAUCAUAAAGCAGUCAAUGAAAGAGCACAUUGUUGACCCCAAAGGGACCAUGGUAAUAGAGUGUGAAGCCAAAGGAAACCCUCAUCCUAUUUUCUCAUGGAGGCGUAAUGGGAAGUAUUUCAAUGUGGCACGUGACUCUCAGGUGUCAAUGCGCAGGCGCUCAGGGACUCUGGAUAUCUAUGCCCGGAACAAUCCAGAAAAGUAUGAGGCAGAGUAUCAAUGCAUUGCCUCCAACCAGUAUGGAUCUGCAUACUCCCACAAGAUCAUACUACAAUUAUACAGACCCCCUGUGUGGCCAAGAGAGAUUGUGGAGCCUGUGGUGGUGAGUGCUGGCUUACCACUUGUCCUGUCCUGUGACCCUCCACCUGGCCCACUUAAACCUGAAACAUACUGGAUGUCCAGUUGUUCAUAUGCGAGACCUUUCAACUGGCCCAUUCAGACAGCUUUCCCCACCAUGCAGCCUGUGCGGCAGGACCGCAGGGUUUCCAUGGGAGUCAAUGGAGAUCUAUAUUUCUCUAAUGUGUUGUUCAAUGACUCUGUUGCUGAUUACUGCUGUAAUGCCCGAUUCCCGUACAAAAAUGUCAUCCAGCAGAAGAUGCCUGUAGUUGUGAAGGUGCUUACGACUCAUGCAGUGGUUGAGGCUGCUCCCACCUGGCUGUCUCCUACAGGCUCAUCAAGCUCAAUAUUGAUCCUGCAGGGGGAGGAGCUGCUCCUGGAGUGCAUUGCUGCAGGAAUGCCAACUCCUCACAUUACCUGGGCCAAGGAUGGAGAGGACUUGCAAGUGGCAUCUCGCAUGAAAGUGAAGAACUUCAACAAAAUGAUUCAAAUCCCAAAAGCAUCUUUUGAAGAUGCAGGUGAAUACACCUGCACUGCUAAAAAUAGGUUAGGCUACGCUGAGCACACAAUAACUGUCAGGGUCAAAGCGACUCCUUUCUGGUUGGAAAAACCCACCAACCUGAUUUUGGCACCAGAGGAAAAUGGACGGUUGGUGUGUCGCGCUGAUGGGGCUCCUCGUCCCACAAUCAGCUGGUUCAUUAACGGAGAACCGAUUGAAACUGCUACACCACUGCCUAACAGACAGGUUUCAGGAGAAACGCUAAUCUUCCGCAGUGUAACAACUGAAAACACUGCUGUCUACCAAUGCAAUGCUUCAAAUCAGUACGGCUACUUACUGGCCAAUGCAUUUAUUAAUGUGCUACAUGCAACGCCACGAAUCCUUGGGGCAAGAAAUGAAUUCAUCAAAGUGACUGAGGGUAGUCGUACCUUUUUAGAUUGCCAGUACUUUGGUUCUCCAGUGCCUGAGUUGAGAUGGUCCAAAUAUGGGCAAGGAAAUCUUGAAGGAAAUCGUUUUAAAACCCACAGCAAUGGGACUCUGGAGAUUAAACAUAUCAAGAUAGAAGACCAAGGAACUUACGUGUGUGUAGUCAGCAACAUUGCAGGGAGAGAUGAGGAUCAAGUCAGAGUAGAGGUCAAAGAACCCAUAUUAAUUGUCACAAGACCACAGAGUAUGAAAGUCAUGCGUGCAAGUGAUGUCCGCCUGGAGUGUGGUGUAACAGCAGAUGUCACGACUCCUAUCACAACCACUUGGCUGAAAAACAAAAAGCAUCUCACUCUUGGUUGGAGAAUCUCAAUGGAUGAAUCAAAUCUAGUGAUUACUAAUGUAAACACAGGCGAUGAGGGAAAUUAUACAUGUGUCAUCAAGAGUGAGCUUGAACAGAAAUCUGCCUCAGCACACCUAAUGGUGAUGGACCGUCCAAAUCCUCCCACUAACUUGGAGUUAUCUGAUCCAUAUGAACGUACUGUAAGACUGAGCUGGGUUCCUGGAGAUAGCAACCACAGCCCCAUAACAGAGUUCUUAGUGCAGUAUGACGACGAUGAUUGGUUGCCUGGAAAGUGGAGAAAUCUUUCAACGUACCCAGGGAACCUCAACUCUGUCAUUUUGCAUCUCAUACCUUUUACGUACUAUGAGUUCAGAGUCAUCGCUAUUAACGAAAUUGGAGCUAGUCGCCCUAGUCGUCCAUCUAAGCGUUUUCAGACCAGCGGUGCACCUCCAGAUAUAAUCCCAAAGAAUUUAAAAGGCGUUGGUACAUGGAGAAAUAACAUGGAAAUCAGCUGGGAGCCUCUAACCUACAGAGAGUGGAAUGGACCCCAUCUAAAGUAUCUGGUCUGGUGGAGAAGGAGAGAUUCUCGAGAGGAGUGGAAGAAUGCAACCACUAAGUGGCUAAAAUAUUACAUCUAUGAUGCGGAUACCUUUACUCCUUAUGAGAUCAAAGUCCAGGCAGUGAAUGACUUUGGGCUGGGACCAGAGUCUUCUGUUGUCAUUGGUUAUUCUGGUGAAGGCCGCCCAACAACAGCACCCCUGAACCUGAGAGUGUCCGACAUCGAGAGCACUCAGGUGACUCUACACUGGGAUCCAGUGACAAGUGACACAAUUAUGGGAGAACUGAAAGAAUACAAGGUCUACUACUGGAGGGACAGCAGCCAGCUGAGGUGGCAUUGGGUUGACAGAGGGAUGAAGUCCAAAGAAUUUCCUAUCAAUGGCCCAGACCCCUCUGGGGUCCUUGAUGAGCUUAUUCCCUACAGCAACUACAAAAUGUACAUAGUUGUGGCAAACAGUCGAUACGAAGGGCCGCAAAGUAAUAACAUACAUUUCUCAACACCUGAAGGAGUACCAUCUGCUCCUAGAUCCUUCAGGAUCCAACAGCGACAUCUGGACAGUAUUUAUGUUGACUGGGGCCUGCCAGCAGAGCCCAAUGGCAUAAUUACUGGGUAUUCCCUCAAGUACCAGACAGUGAACGCCACCAGGGGAGAGGAGCUGCGAGUUGAAGAGCUUCCUCCUAAUGUGACAAGCUUCUCAAUCCGCCGAUAUGACCGAUACACUCGAUACAGAUUUUCUGUGGCAGCACGAACUCGCCUAGGGAUAGGCGAAUGGCAUACAGAGGAAUCACCCCACUACACUACAGAGAUUUAUGCUCAGGAUCAGGUGGAUAUCACCACUCAGGGCUGGUUCAUUGGGAUAAUGUGCGCUGUGGCUCUCAUCGUGCUAAUCCUUCUCAUCGUCUGUUUCAUCAAGCGGAGCAGAGGAGGAAAAUACCCAGUACGGGAUAAAAAGGACAUUUCACUGGAGCCGGUGGAUGACAAAGAUCAGGAGGGAUCAUUUGAUUAUCGAUCCCUUGAAAGAAUAGCACGUGUGUCCACUCUCCCCUACCCUCGCAGAGAAGAGGAACGAGGGCUUCAAAGAGGUCAGCCAUCUAUUGAGGCAAUGAUGAAGCGAUCAGACAGCGAUGACAGUCUGGUGGAAUAUGGAGAAGGGGGCGAGAUACCAUUCAAUGAAGAUGGCUCAUUCAUUGGCCAGUACACAGGAACCAGGAGAGACGUCAGGGAGUUGGACUUUGGUGGAAGUCUGGAGCUGCACUCACCAAUAAAUACCAUCUACUCCCUGGCUUAACACUCAGAUGUCAGACUGUGCUUCUGAAAUACACAGAGCUAUUUGUCAUGUGGUUUCACUAUCCCUGCAUCCUCCACCUUCAAUUUAGAACCUGGAGGAACUUUUAUUUGUCAGCAGGACACAGCUUGAGAGUAAAGUGCUGUUUAAGCCCUCCCUAUCCUUGCAGACAGCACAACUUUCAGGCAUUUAUGGAAUAAAAUGUAGAAAAGUUGGAAUAAUUUUUCUAUAGAGAUGUGAUUUUCUUUUUAAACAAAGCUUUUAUCUCUUUUGUAAAAUACAAAUAUACAUUGUUCAGUUAUCCUAUUAGGAAAGAGACACUUGCUGCGGAUCACAGGAGAUGGAAGUGGAACAGUUUAUCAUGUUGAUAAAAAUGGGUUACAAGGACUGAUCUAGAUUGGUUCUAUCAUUUUUUUUUCCUGCUAAUUUCAAGAAAUCUAUUAUUUUUGAAUACUUGCAGUUUCAUAGAAGGGAAGUAUCCUACUUUCACCUGAAGGGGAACCAUCUAUCAAUUCAAUUUUUUUCUGCUUAUCCAAUUCACAGUCGCCAAGGGGGCUAAAGCCUAUUCCAGCUGUCUUAGGGUGACAGGUGGGCUAUACUCUGAACAGGUGCCCAAUCUGUCACAAGGCUAAAAUGCAGGACAGACAACUAGUCACAUUCAUACCUAUGGGCAAUUUAGAUAAUAAAAUAUCCUAACCUCAUGCCUGUCUUAGGACUAUGGGAGGAAGCCAGACUACCCAGAGAUAACCCACACAGACAUGGAGGUUAUCGUGUCUGCAACUGUGCCACAAAAAGGGAACUACAAAUAAAGGAAAAUAAAAUCUCUCCAUGGACUAACAAUUCAUUUGUCAGUUUCAAAUCUGAUUCUGUAUGAAACAAGAUGUCAAACCAUUUGAGGAAUCAAUUGUGAGCCAUAAAUCAACUAUAAAAUCAGAGGUCACACAUGAACCGGUCUCCUAAUUUCACUCACAGUAAAAAUGAUUAAUAUUUAUGUAACAGCAGGUUUUUUUUUUGUUUUUUUUUUACUACUAAUGCCACCUCUGUAUUAAGACUGUUAUAUCUGAUUUUAAAUAAAGUGAAAGUAUUUCUAGGAUGUUUCAUAUGACUAAAUAUUGAAACCAGCUUCUGUAUCUUGGAAUUUUAAAGGGAUACCCAAAACUUUCUUUUAUUAUCAUUCUUAGAGUUAGCUUUUAACAUCAAUUUAGGGUUAACCACUGUAACACAUGACCACAAAAUAAUGUUCAGUCAUGUUAUUGCAGAGUGGAAAGAACAUGAGUAACGCACACAUGUCCAGAUGUUACAGUCACAUGAGAUAAGUAUAUAUAUAUAUAUAUAUAUAUACUUAUCUCAUAGUGUAAUCUAUCAUUCUAAUUGUCCACAAGGAUGUUUCACAAGUGGAAAACAUUCAUGACAGUUGGUGGUCUUCCCAGUCAGCUUAAACUUUGUCAAAAUUGGGUCAUGCAACAGGGCAAUGACCUCAAGCACACCAUGAAAUUUACAACAGAAUGACUGAAAAACAACAGAAUGAACGUGUUGCAAUGGUCCAAAGUCCAGCCUCCAGCUUAAUCCAAAUGCUAUGACAAACAGGAAAGUGAACUGAACUUAAGCAACACUAAAAAAAAGAGUGGGUUAAAAUUCCACCACAAUGAUGUGAGAGGCUGCAUGACUGAAAGUCAUACAGAAAAACAUUAAUAUGUUAUUGCUCCUAAAGGUGAAUCUAGAAUCUAAUUAAUCUUUCAUACACUGCUUCUGCAU